UCUUAAGGUGUCUGAAAUACUUGUUCAUAUGAUAACAUUACAUUUGUUUCUUUGCGCUCUAGCAGUUUUGUGGAUAUAUUUCCUAUGGAGUCGACGUCGGAUAUAUAAGUUAAUGCUAGAGCUGCCCGGACCUAUUGGAUAUCCUAUUAUUGGAUCCACCUACGAACAUGUCAUCCAAAAAAAACGUCAAAUCCGCUUUCGAACAAAGUAUUUUAACAAGUACGGCAACACAAUUUUAACUUGGAUUGGUCCAGUUCCAAUUGUGAUUACCCGAGAUCCAAAUUUUCUCAAGGAUGUUUUUGCAACUUGCCACAACAAAAGUGUGCAUAUGGUAAAGGCGAUUACUAACUGCAUGGGUAAUGGAAUUUUGAGCACGCAAGAUCCUCUUUGGCAUGAGCAUCGUAAAAACAUAAACCCAGCAUUUAAACUAGAUCUCCUUGUCACUUUCUUGCCCAUUUUCGAGGCGGAGGCAAAUCGCGUGGUAUCCUUGCUGGAAACUUAUGUAGAUAAGGGCGAGAAGAGUGUUAUUCGGGAUAUGCUGAGGUGGUCAGUUAGAAUAGCAGCUCAAACCACCUUGGGACCUGAUGUUAAAGAGGAGGAACUAUUCAAAAACGAUACUCUGGUGGAGAAAUUAAAUGCGUUGAUUAGUCUAACGACACUUAAUCUUAUAAAUCCCUUGGCUCAAAAAAAAAUAAUUGUCAAUCUAUUCGGACAUGAAAAGCAAAAAACUGCUCACGUUGCAGAAGUUUUUAAAAUGGUGGACAAUGUGAGUGAGUGUAAGAAAAACCUAAAUUAUAUUAUUAAAUAUUUAACUUGUAUUGUUCAGGUUGUUGAAAAGCGGCUUAACUCAAAGGAAGAAAGUUCAGGUGUCGAGUCGAACAUCUUGGUUAAUAUAGCAAUCGAUCUGUACCGUAAAGGCGUUAUAAAAUAUAACGACAUAAGAAGCGAAUGUGGUAUGAUGAUCGCAGCUGGUUUCGAUACAUCAGGCCUUACAGCUUAUCAUACUCUGUAUACUCUGGCCGCACAUCCCCAGUUCCAGGCUAAAGUCUUUGAUGAGUUAACUGAAGUCUUUCCAAACUCCGCUGACUUCCAAAUAACCUACACCGAUGUGCAGAAAUUGGUUUACUUGGAUCGUGCUGUAAAAGAGACUCUACGCUUGAUUCCUGCCAUUCCAAUAACGGCGAGAGAAGCAGCAACGGAUCUUCGGCUCCCGAAUGGCGUUGUUAUUCCCAAAGGUGUCCUGAUAGGCACCGAUAUAUUCCACACCCAUAGAAACCCGGAAUUCUGGGGCCCGGAAGCAGACAUUUUUAAUCCCGAUAACUUUCUCCCCGAAAACCUACAGAAAAGGCACUCACACGCUUUUGUGGGAUUUGCGAGGGGCAAGAGAAAUUGUAUAGGAUUAAAAUAUGCCAUGUUGUCUAUCAAGUUUGUUUUAGCCAAGAUACUCAGGAACUACAUGGUAAAGACGAGCUUUCCCUUUAAGGAUCUUGUUUUCGUUGACAAUAUGACAAUGAAACUGGUGGAAUACCCACGUCUGGAAUUUCUAAGGCGAACAUAGGAUUCAGAGAAAUGUAUAUUAUUCAGUACCUUAUGGCAUUUUUGGUUCGUUUAAAUUUGGCAUCAUCUGCCAAUGAGUUUACUUGGUGAUUAGUGUGUGAGGCUCACUUUUUGUGUUAAAAAAUAAAGAAAUUUCAAAUAUCU